AUGGCAAACCGAAUGAUAGAGGUUCAACGGUUCCAGCCGCCUUCCGUUGCUCAGAUUUCCACAUCCUCUGCAACGGUUAAGGAGCAGUUACUGCAACAGAUGUCGACUAUGGCGAAUGAGAUAGCCUCCCUAAAACUACAGCUUGCUCGCAUUACCUGUAGUCGCUCACCCAGCCGUAAUUGUUCACGUUCGCGACCUCGCACAGCCAAUUUGUGUUGGUAUCACGCAAGCUUUGCCGCCAAGGCUCGCAAAAGUUCUUCCCCUUGUUCAUUUAAACCGAAACAGGGAAACCAGCCAGCCAGAGAAUAGACGUGACCGUUUUCUCUGGCUCUCCCAGCUCUGGUCGCACCUUUUAUGUCUGCGGCAAUGUGACUCGCAGGCGUUUCCUGGUGGACACCGGAGCCCAGAUCAUCGUGGUUCCCCCCACUCCAGUUGACCGCCGCUUUCCUAGCCCUGAUCUGCAUCUCCAAGCUGCAAACUGAUCCCCCAUUUCCACUUUUGGUAGUCGUUCCCUAACGCUAAACAUUGGUUUACGUCGAUCAUUCUCCUGGAUAUUUGUGAUUGUCGAUGUGCCUCAUGCGAUCCUUGGUUCCGAAUUCCUAGCCGAGUUUGAUCUCCUUGUUGACUGUCGGCGUUCCUGUCUCCUCGACCGCACAACUGGUCUUUCUGUCCGCGGUCUUACACCCUUUAAUAACUCCUGCAAUUUAUCUAUUCUGGACACAGGUAUUGCUUGCCCAUACCGAGACCUGCUCCUCCAACACCCCAACAUAAUCAAACCUCAGUUUCGCAGUGGUGAGAUCCAGCAUGACGUUGUCAACCACAUUCGCACCUCUGGACCCCCAGUAUUCGCACGGUCUAGACGACUGGCUCCGUCCUGUCUGCAAGCGGCGAAGGCCGAAUUUGAGCACAUGCUGCAACUGGGCAUAAUUCGGCCGUCCGAGCGUCCAUGGGCGUCCCCUCAGCAUAUGGUGCCCAAGGCGACAUCAGACGACUGGCGGCCCUGUGGUGACUAUCGCGCCCUCAACAUUGCGACCAUCCCGGAUCGUUAUCCCGUCCCUCCUCUUCAAGAUUUUGCUGGAGCUCUUUUCGGCAAAUCGGUUUUCUCGAAGAUUGACCUUGUUCGGGCCUUCCAUUAG